UCUUUUCCUCUGUCGUCCUAAAAAACACUCUUUCUUUGUGGGGUUGUUGUUGCCUUGGCCUUGGAGCCUCCAAAAUCAGAGGCAAAUCUUUUUUUUUUUUUCUCUUCUGGUAAGACUCCCAAAGCCCUAACUUAACUAAAUUCACUUUUGAUCCGUCUUCUACCCAUCAACAGUUAGGUUGUGUGCUUUUCUCAGUCAUUGCAACAAGCAUUUCGGCAUUGGCUAUAUCUCUGGGGGAUAACAUGAGUUUUGCUGGUCCUUCCCUGGCUUCUGGUGGUAAAACUGUUAGAAGAGCUAUAGAAUUCGGAAGGACUUAUGUGGUUAAGCCCAAAGGUAAACACCUUGCCACUGUUGUUUGGCUACAUGGGCUUGGCGAUAAUGGCUCAAGCUGGUCACAGCUCUUGGAGACUCUUCCUCUUCCAAAUAUUAAAUGGAUAUGCCCAACUGCACCGACUCAACCUGUAACUGUAUUCGGGGGUUUCCCAUCAACAGCUUGGUUUGAUGUGGGAGACCUUUCAGAAGAUGCUCCUGAUGAUACAGAGGGUCUGGAUGCUGCAGCAGCACAUGUGGCAAAUUUGCUGUCAACAGAGCCCUUUGACAUUAGACUUGGAAUUGGAGGCUUCAGCAUGGGUGCUGCAACUGCUAUGUAUUCUGCUACCUGCUUUGCUGCUGGAAAGUACUCAGAUGGCAGUGCAUACCCUGCCAAUUUGAGUGCAAUUGUUGGAUUAAGUGGCUGGCUUCCAUGUUCAAAGACCCUGAGUAAGAAAAUAGGAGGGGAUGAAACCGCAAGGCGUGCUGCUUCCUUGCCUAUAUUGCUCUGUCAUGGCAAAGAAUUAGAGUUGAACAGAACUUGUUUAGGAAGAAAUGAAGAGAAAUCAGCAUGUGAACAGUAGUAGCUGGCAGUGCUGUAGCAAAAGAACAUUGAAGUAAGGAAGAAGACUUACGAGAAAAUAGAAUGACAAUAUAUAGAACAAGAAACCGAUGUGGUGUUUCGCAAGGCACGAAAUUGAACAAGUAAUAAGAGUGAUGAGAAAGAGUGUCGAACCCAUAGAGAUUUAUGAAUCCUAUUAAGUAUUAAACUUGAUUUAAUUCAAUUAUAUUUAACUAAAUGAUUAUUUGAGUGAUUGAACUCAUGAAAAAAUAAAUAACAGAAUAGCAAACUAACAACUUGACAAAUUAUCAAUCGAUUGAAACACUAAAGCAUCCAUUUUUACCAUAACCAAUCUAUAAUAAAUCCUCAAAUAAUGCUAAUCAAGAAUAAAAACUAAUGCUGACAGUUGAGGUUCCCCAACCUAUCCAACAAUCUCUCCAGCAUCAUUGAAAUUACUCUCAUAUGUUAACCCAUCGUAUCUCUAUGCGAAUUUAAAUGUAUAAAAAUGCAUUAAGUUUCAUGGAUUCUUGCAUAACAUAACCACACAAAUUGCAUGUCUAUCUCUAGAUUUCCCUCAAUUUAUGGCAUUCAUCACAUGAAGCAAGUAUAUAUCACCUUUGAGUCUCAAUAUAACCAUCAAAUCAUUCAAAUAUUGGCUAGAUAUUCGAAAAUUAAAAAUAGUGAUGAACACUCAACAUGAAAUCAUUAAACUCGAAACAACAUUGAAUAAUGGAACAAAAACAUCAUAGUUCACCUACAUCGUAGCCCUCGCUAAAGGAAUUAGUUCAUGAUGGAAAGAAAUAAAAACAGGCUGCCAAUCAACAUUGAAAUAAAAGGAAACGAGAUGAAGGAGAAACUAAAAAGAAAUUUGUUGUUGCCAGCAUCUCUCCAUGUAGUCUCCAUUGUUCAGCCUCUUUUCAGGCCUCCAUUGGUGAAUUCUUGUUGAAUGAAUGAAUGAUAAUUGUCUUCCCCUUCUUUUUGCCCAAAGUUUUUUUUUUCUUGAUUUUAAUAUCAGCCUCCUGAAAAAGUCACAUUGGGGUUAUGAGAAAAGGUAGGAAUUAAAUCCCUUUUUAUUAAGGAUUUUGUUUACAAUUGGAUUAGGAUUCCAACUUCAUUGCACUUCCCUCUUCCAAAUUGAACCUCUAGUUGUGUUUAGCAAUCAUAGCUGACUUAUUAUGAAUUAAAUACAAUAUCUAGGUUUCCCCUAAUUACUCUAUAUGUUUGGAUGCUUUCUUACAAAGACUAGUAAGUUGUGAUGUUGGAAAGUUCAAAAUCGCACAUAAUUCUAGCACUGGACCACUAAUACUGAAAUGAAUGCAACUUCUUCCAGAGAACUCGGAAUUGUAAACUGCAAAAUUCUCUAGAUUUCUAUAGCUUUCCAAGCAUUAUGGCAUGUCAUUUGGUUCUUUCAAAGAAUACCCAGUUUAAUCCAUAAAGUUGAUGUAUUUGCAGAAACAACUUUUUUCAUAUUUGAUUAUGUUAGGUAGUCGACUUGUGGCCAGAUUUUCUCUUCGAGGUAGGUUGAUCUUGGCCAAAGUGAUAAACAUAAGAAUUGUUGUCCUUCAAGAUAGCUUUUUAAUGGUGCCAUAAUCACCUGAUUUCUCGAUUAGAAAGAAAGUUAUGUCCAAAAUGCCGAGGCAUCUUCUGAAGAAUUCGAGAAGGACUUCCUUUUUUGCUAUUAUGCACUCAAACCUAACACAAACAAAAUAAACAAAAUGAAGCCUAAAAGCAUAAAAAAUUGAAAAUGUAACAGCUAAACAAACUUAAAUGAGGUACAAAAUAUGUAUAUAUUUUAAACUCACGAGAAACCUUGUGCACCAAACCUUCAACAUAACUUAACUCGUAAAAAAAAAUAAAA